AUGGCUGAAACUCAGUCUUCUAUUAGAAAUCUGGAGACCCAAAUGGGACAAUUGGCUACUCUCAUGGCUAAUUGUGCCCAAGGUAACUUUCCUAGCACCACUGAAGUCAAUCCAAAAGAUAAUUGCAAGGCAAUCACGUUAAGAAGUGGGAAGAAUUAUGAGGGACCAAGUGAGAAGCAGCCAGUUGAAGAAGUGGGUCAGGAUCAACAUGCACCAACACAAGAGGAAAAGAAGCACAGUGAGAAGAAGGCUACUGAAGGUAUACCAAAAAAAGAAGCUUCGCCACCAAUUAGUAUUGAGCAUCACAGAAAUAUUCCCUAUCCCCAAAGGCUCCGUAAGAACAACAUGGACAAGCAGUUUACUAAAUUCCUGGAAGUAUUCAAGAAACUGCACAUUAACAUUCCAUUUGCGGAGGCCUUAGAGCAAAUGUCGAGCUAUGUCAAGUACAUGAAGGACAUCUUGUCCAAGAAGAGGAAGAUGGAGGACUUUGAAACUGUGGCGUUGAUGAAAGAGUGUAGUGCUAUACUGCAAAAGAAGCUCCCUCCUAAACUAAGAGAUCCUGGGAGUUUCACAAUACCGUGCACUAUUGGGAGAAUUGAGGGAAUAAAUUCUCUUUGUGAUUUGGGGGCUAGUAUCAACCUGAUGCCAUUGUCAGUUUUCAAGAGAUUACAACUUGGAGAAGCCAAGCCCACAACUGUAACUUUGCAACUAGCUGAUCGUUCGUUGGCACAUCCAAGAGGGGUAAUUGAAGAUGUCCUUGUCAAAGUGGACAAGUUUAUUUUUCCUGCCGAUUUCAUAGUUCUGGACAUGGAAGAGGAUAGCAAUGUUCCCAUUAUCCUUGGGAGGCCCUUCUUGGAAACAGGCCAAGCACUUAUAGAUGUUCAGAAGGGUGAGUUGAAGUUGAGAGUGCAAGGGGAAGAAGUUGUAUUCAAUGUGCUCAAGGCCAUGACUUAUCCUGAAGCUAGUGACAAUUGA